AUGUUAUUUGCCGGCUCAACAUCUAAAUAUAAUUUACAUAAUUAUAAUUCUACUACUAAUAUAUCAUCUAAUAUUGAUAGAAAAAAAAGUAUUAAGAAACGAAAAAAUUCAGAAAUGUGUCCAUGGCCACAAAAUGUUGAUGAUAAAUAUUUUAAACAUACAGAAACCAAGAAAAAUUCAAUAAUAGUUGUUAAUGGUUCUCAAUUUAAUAAAAAUAUUGUUGAAUUGACUAUUAAAGAUGAUAUGCUAAAUAUUAAACUUUCUCAGCAUGUUAAAGAAAAUGACAAAAUAUGUACCAAAGAUGUAAAUCGAUGUUAUAAAGUACCUCAAAAUAUUAAUUUGAGUACGUUGAAAAAAGAAUUUAAUACAAAUGGUGAUUUAGUUAUUAAAUUAAGAAAAAAUUCUUAA